GUCAGGUUGAGGAGGAGGAGGGAGGCAGAGAGAGAAAGAGAGGGGAGCAGAGAGGCAGGCUUUUGCCUUUUCUGGUAGUUGAAGUCGCUGAAAGAACAAGCAGGAAUUCUUUGUGCUGCAGGGCUGAGAUAUAAACCAGACUGUAGAGGUUGAUAUAUGAAGAGAGGUGAGACACGGCCGUCCAUGGACUAAACUUCAGCUACUGCUACGUGAGAAAAGUGAGAACCUUUCGGGCAUCAUGGACGAUGACUUUGACCGCCGCAUGGAGCAGAGGAGGCAGAGGAGAGAGCAGAUCCGCGUCGACACUGACAAGGAGGGUUAUGCCAACGACGAUGAGGAGGAAGCUCGGGAGCAAAGGAGACGUGCAAGGGAGGAGAGGAAGAAGAUGAAGGACUCAGACGAGUCUGGAACCACUGAUGUGAUCGACACUAACAGUGUGACGGAGACAACCGGUGCUGAAGGUGCAGAUGAUGACCAGGCCUUGUUGGAACGCUUGGCCAAGAGGGAGGAACGCCGCCAGAAGAGAAUGAAGGAGGCCAUGGAGAGACAAAAGGAUUGUGACCAAACCGUCAGCACCACCAACGGCACAGACAGCGCUCCGGAAGAGGAAGAGGAGGAGAAGGAGGAUGAGAAAUCAGCCCAAGAGGAUGUGGCAGACACUGAUACUAACUCUAUGAGAAAAGAGGAAGAGGACAAAAAGGAAGAUGAGAAGCAGGAAUCUGUUGAGGAAUCAAGAACAGCAAGCAUAAUAAAUGAGGAGGAGAUUGAGGAGAAGGCUGCCGCAACAGAAGUAGAGUUUGAGCGGCCUGAUUUAGCAAAGAGCGAUGCUGAAGAGGAGGCUGUUCCUGAUGUUGACAAGGAGGAAGAAGAAUGGAAGAGGAAAGAAGAAGAGGAAAGGCAGCAUACAGAAAAGGAAGAAAAGCUGAGGAGAGAGAUGGAAGAGAAGACAAAGAAAGAGGAGGAGGAAAAGCCCAAAAGAUUUGGUUUCAAGGAAAAGAAUGAACCAGCCAAACACAACGGAGGGCUCUUUGAGAAUAAACUUAAGAAAACAGAGAAGACUUCAAGAGACAAUGUUCCCUCCAACAAGGCUGGUAGCGCGGAGCAACAAGAGGCCGAGCGUAAGCUGCAAGAGCUGAAGCGCCGGCGAAACGACGCGGAAAGCGAGGACUUUGAGAAGAUGAAGCAGAAGCAGCAGGACGCAGAGGCCGAGCUGGAGGAGCUGAAGGGGAAGAGAGAGGAGAGGAGGAAGGUCAUGGAGGAGGAGGAGAAGCAGAAGAAACAGCAGCUGGAGGAGAAGAAAGCCAAAGAACAGGAGGAGAGGAAGAGGAUGAAGGAGGAGAUAGAGAAAAGGAGGGCGGAAGCUGCAGAGAAGAAGAAACAGAAGGAGGAUGAGUCUACAAAACCUGCUUUUACUAUCAGUCCCAAAGGCUCCUCAAAGAUCGGGGCGAAGGCAGAAUUCCUGAGCAAAUCAGCCCAGAAAAGCACCGCAGCCAGAGUGUCUCACACUCCAAUUGUCUCCAAGAUAGGCAACAGAAUGGAACAGUACACCUCUGCCAUCCAGGGAAACAAGGACGUCAAAUCCCCAAAGUCUCCGAUGGCAGAUAUUCCUACAGGAGGUGCACGCAGCAUCAAGAGCAUGUGGGAGAAAGGCAACGUCGGCAGCCCCUCUGAUAGUCCAACGCCUGUCAACAAGGAUGUAGCUGGUAUCAAAGGAGGCGUGGCAGGACGUGUGAACAGUUGGAUGGCAAAGCCUCCAGAGGCGGAGAAGACGGCAGCACCUGCACCAGCACCUGCACCAGCACCUGCACCUGCAGCAGCAGCAUCACCAGCAACAGCAAAGCCAGCAGAUGUGAAACCAGGUGACAUCGGUAACAAACGUGGCAUGUGGGAAACCAAGAAGAGCUCUGCACCUGCCAAGGUGGCAGUCGGAGGCAAGAGCAAGUUUGUCACUAAUACAGGCGUAAGACCCUAAACAUUGACAUCCCCAUUUAAAUCAAGUCUCACCUGACCAAACACAAAGCUCUGCGACUGUACGUGCAUCUAUUUCCCUUCAAUGUUCCUGUUUUUCGCAUGAAGUUCACACCCGAGUGAGGAAAAGACGAGGGACCAGGAUGAGUGACUCCAGGAUCAAAGUCUUCUUUUUAUUUAAUGCUUUAUUGGUAAUAGAUUGUGUAAUAUACAUCUUUUUAAUCAAGGUUACACAUUUCAGAUGGCUGUCAGGAUGCUUAAAUGUUCUAUUGCUUUGAAGCCACACUGACAUGUCUGCUCCUCUUGUAUUUCCAUAUAGCUUCAACCUAACUACAAGCAUUUGUGUUUUAUUGUCGUACACACUCGUACACACUCACUGCUUUUUGGGAUGAUAAUCACUAUUUUGACUCCAUGUGAUAACCAAGGUUGUUUAAUGUCCAUCUCACCGCCUGCAUUUUAAUUGUUAGCGUAAACUGCCAUUAAGCUGAAUGUUGGCUGAUUAGCCUGUACAUAGUUGAGUAAUUUCAUAAGUACCCUUUUAUAAUUAAGCCCCCUUUAUGAAGGGGUUAUAGAUAGUAACUAAUGACCUCAUUAAUGGUUAACAAGUCAUCAAUGAGUGCAGAUUUUGGGGGUUGCCAGGUUGUGAAAAAUCCCUUUGUGAAGUUGUAACUAAUGCAACACUAACUUUGUGGCUCGAGGGAUGGAAAUAUCUGUUGGUCUACCUCUUUGGUCCAGACCGAAAUAUCUCAACCAUUGGAUGCAUUUCCACAUAGUUUGGUACAAACAUUCAUGGUGCCCAGAGGAUGAAUCCUAAUGACUUCCUCCUUACUUUCCAACUUUGCAACUAUGGAUGAAUUGGCUCAAUGAUCCCCAAAUGAUGGAGCCCUCUGACUUUAGUGAUCCUGUGACUUUUCCAGCAGCGUCCACUGGAUUUUGAGUAAAAUGUCUUGACAGUAAUUGAAUGGAUUGUCAUAGCAUUUGGUACACACAUUCAUGUUUACCUCAGGAUGAAUUGCAAAGUAUUUCGAUGAUCCCCCAACAUUUCAUUGAGCGCCAUCAUCAGCUCAGAAUUGUGUUUCGUGUUAAAAAGCAAAUAUUAACUUUCACAAUUCCAAGCUGGAUGGAUUAUUGUAAAAAAAAAAAAUAAUUAUGAAUGGCUUAUUAGCAUUUAUAACUGCAGACUUCAUGGCUUAUUAGAAGCCAUUAGUAACAAAGUUUAUAAACCCCAUAUAAAGGGUGCCGUAUAAUAAUGUGGCACAUUCUGCAGGACUGCAGCCAGAGAGACACAGUGUGCAAGCAGCUCAAUGCUUCAACAACACGUGGGUAUGUUACCUAUUUGGCUUUUGUUAACUGUGGUGGAUUAAAAAUCAUAUUAUUAUGCAAUAUAAGCACAAAUAAAGACUAUAAAUACGCGUGUAAGCGAGUACUGUAACAACUAUUCAGUAACCAAAUGCAAUUCUACACAGGCAGGCAGUGAUAUCAUCAGUUUACAUGCCAGUAAGUUUAAUUGCACUGCAGCUGCAGUGAUGAAGGUGUAUAAGGCAAUGGCAAAAUGCACUCAGUUUUAAAUUUAAAUUGUUCCCGGUGUUCCUGUCAACAGGAAACAUGAGUUGCAUGGUCCUGCCAAAUUGUAUUGGAGUCUUUCAGAUGUGGAUUGCUUCGUUUGAAUGUUUGAAGUUAUUGUUUGUACCUGCUUCAGCAAUAAAUAAAAAAGUAAAAAAGGUGUUAUAGUUCUGUUGCUUUGCUUUUUCAGCUACUGGGAGGAAAUGUUGCUUCAUGUGCCUCCUAACCACUUGUGAAGUUAUAGAGUGUUGAAAUGUGAGGGGCUGUUGAAAGCUUGAAUGGAUAAAUUACAUUUUACCAGGACGGGAAUGUACCUGU